AUGAACCCGACCGCUGGCGUGCCCACCAUACUAGAGGAUGCCGCCCUGUACAGGUACGAGAUGUGCCGAAACAUGUCAUCGGCCAACGUGCCGUUAUGUGUCAACAGCACCGAAUUCAUCGACUACAACAACACCGACGACGAGAUCCUACAGGUGGAGCGCAUCGUUUCACUGGCCGUGCCCAUACUGUUCGGCAUCAUCGUGGUGGUUGGGCUGCUGGGCAACCUGCUGGUGGUGAUCGUGGUGAUGGCAAACCAGCAGAUGCGGAGCACCACCAACCUGUUGAUCAUCAACCUGGCGUUGGCCGACCUGCUGUUCAUAGUGUUCUGUGUGCCGUUUACCGCCGUCGACUACAUGCUGCCUUACUGGCCAUUCGGUGACGUCUGGUGCAAAAUGGUCCAGUAUCUGAUCGUGGUUACCGCGUACGCAAGUGUCUAUACCCUGGUGCUCAUGUCGCUGGACCGCUUCCUGGCCGUCGUCCACCCGAUCGCCUCCAUAUACGUGCGCACCGAGCGCAACGCGUCCUCCGCCAUACUCGUCACGUGGGUGCUCAUCGUGCUGCUCGCGUUGCCUGUGCUCGCCAGACACGGCGAGGUCACGUACACUUUCUCCAGCGCCGAGCACACGGCUUGCAUAUUCCUCGAGAGCGACCAGAAGACCCGACCUGACGGUUACAACAAGCCGGCGUACCAGGUAAGCUCGCGCGUGUAA